AUGAAACAUGGUAUUACUGAAAUAUCUGUAACAGAAGGAUGUUUACAUCGAUAUGCUGUAGCAUAUAAACCUCAUGUUAGAGAAAUUUAUGUUGUAUUCAAGGGUACAGACGGUUGGACAGAUAUAUUUACCGAUUUUAAUGUAUUUGGUAGACCAAACUGUUUUGAAGGAGGAUUUCAUGAUGGAUUCUACAAUCGUGCCAAAUUAAUUCCAUUAGCACCGUUUUUUCACUUAUUAUCAUGUUUUCCAGAUCAUUCAAUAAUAUUUACUGGCCAUUCUCUUGGUGGCGCGGUAGCGAAUAUUGUAGCAAUAAGAAUGUUGACUGAUAUGCGUUUACCACAAGGUCAUGCUAAUCAGAUACAUUGCAUUACGUUUGGCGCGCCACAAGUAUGCGACGAAGAAGGUAGUAAGUAUGUUACUGAAUAUUAUACAAAACAUUUUCAUUCCUACAUCAAUCAACACGAUAUUGUACCGCAUGUUCUAUCUUUGCUUGGUAAUAUUCGCACUCGAAUUACUAAACAAUUGACAUCCUCAUUAGAAAUAUUACUAAUCCUUAUCAAGCAUUGGUUUGUUGGAGUUAUGGAAAUACCAUAUAUUACCGAUCAUAAUGAUAAUCCAAGCUCGUGGUUUAAUUCCUUCUUUUCAUCGAAUACUGACUAUCCGAAUGUCGACCCAAAUCAGCUAACCAUUAAAGUGGUAGAAAAAACAAACCAACUGAUUCAUGAGCUAGGUGAUUUCUUAUUGCCCACUUUCAUCCCAUUUGGUCAACAUUAUCGUAAAUAUAUUUACAAUGAGAUUAUUAAUGUCGUAGGUGAUCAGGAGUCUAAGGUUAUUAGUCAUCAUUGUGUUGAAAUCAUUCCUGUGACAAAAAUGAAAGAUAUUUUAUGCAAGUUACCAGACUAUAUUUUCUAUGGUCGGGCGGAAGGCGUACGUGGUACAACACCUCGUAUCAAUCUUAAGGCUCAAAUUACCAGCUGUCAACAGCAUUUCAUGGAUAAUUACAUUAGAGAAAUACAUCAAUUAAUCAUUGCAGAGACUAUGGUUCAUCAAAUGAGUCACUGGCCCGUCACAACUGUGCAGUUGUCUAGUGGCCAUUCCAAUGCAGUUCUUUCACUAUUUUCUACCCCAUCAAAAGCAGAAUGGACAGCCUUCAUUCCAAAUACUGCUUCCAAUCCAAAGGACUGUAUAUGGUCUGUUGUCAGAUGUGAAAUUGAUUCGCAAGAAGAGCUAACUUUAACUUUGAGUGCACGAUCAGCAUCAUUGAUCACUCAUAUUCAAGUUGAACAUACAAGUUAUAUGGAAAAGCCCGCAAAACCAGAAGAAACUGGUUCUGAAUUACAACGUGUAUUCGUAUUAUAUCUUCCUAUUGCGAGAUAUGCUGGCAGAAGUAUUACUGCUGACGAUUAUCCUAUAAUCAUUUAUGGUCAUUUUGGCUCGACUAAUUUACAUGGGUUAUUCAAUCCAGAUUCAUUUUUUCCUUCGUCCGGAUUAACCGGACGACAAAGACAAAUUGCGGAUUUAUCUGUUGAUAAAUUAUAUCGUCUUGCUUUUACGUACUCUUUAUUUACGGGUGACAGAUCGUUUAUUACAAAUAGCAGUUCUAGACGAGCACCAGUCACGGCUGCUAAUAUUGAUCAUAUGACAGACGAAUUAUCGAAUAUUUCUUUGUCAACUGAUGAGGACGAACUACGACGUACUCAUGUAUUACGUCACUUAUUAACUAUUGAAUAUAAAUUUCAAAACGAGAGUAGGACUAUAGCUAAAGAAUACUUUCUUCCAAAUUCUUCGACAAUGGUCCAGCUUAAUCAAGAAUUAUUAUACUUAACUAACGAAGAUAGUAAUAUGGUAAUAUCAGAUAGUGUUGCUUGUAAAGAUAAUCAUUCAGUAAGACAAUUGUUAGAGACUAAAAAUGAUGAAUUAGAGAAUAAUAAUCUUGACGUGAAAGUUACCACAACGCUUGUUUCACUGAAAGAUGUUAUGACACAAUGGCAAGAUGGGACGAUUGGUAAAUCUACUAAUGCAAUUGCUACUGCUUUACCGAUGUUAACUGCAAUGCAGAUGGCGUUUCAUAAAACAUUGAAAGUAACUACCAAUCAACCAACUUGGUGGUGGGUUAAACUUGGUAUUGCUGUUGCGGCUGGUUCAGUUUUAGCGUUCAGCGGCGGUGUAGUAUUACUGUCAAAUGCAUUUAUUGCAGCCGGUCCUGGUGGUGCCAUGUUAGCCGCAUCUGGUGCUUGUGCUGCUCGUGCUACAUAUGUAACAACGCGUUGGAUGAAUCAAUUACAAGAAGAAUAUAUUAAUAUAUUACGUAUAUGGGCUGUUUCACUAGGUGUAUGCAUGGAACAAGUGCGAAACCAUCAAUUUUCAUUGGAAGCUAAAUUUACGAAAUUUUUUCAAGAAAUUUUCAAAAUAAAACUGAUGAAACCAUUAUGCAGAAUUGUGUUAAAGUGUAUUGUUGCACAUUAUCAAUUACGUACUUUGUUAUCUCAAGAUUUUGCUGUUGGAUUGAUUGGUGCUGGCAAAACUGGCAAAUCGAAAUUAGGUCAAAUGAUGUUUGGAUUUGACACUUGUCCUAGUCCGAAUAUCAGAACUCUCGAUUUGCAUAGAUAUCGUGUAUCAAGUCAAUUUAGUCUGGUAGAUUUUCCACAUUUAACCUCUGCUAUUGAUUCAUUAAGGGUAUGCUUUCGAUGUAACCAUACAUUAGUUAACGGUAUUGUAGUUGUACUGGAUGCAUUACAACAAGGUGAUGACAAUAAAUCUGAAAAAUACGUUUUAGAUACAGUAAAGAAAAUGAAAAAAGAAGGUGUUGACGUAUUAUACUGUUUUAAUCGUGCUGAUAAAUUAGCAAUACAGAAUAUUUUAACAGCAGAGUUAGAAAAUGAAUAUGUAGAUGAAUUUGCAGAAUAUCGAUCUAAUCAAUCACAAAGUAGUUCGGUGAAGGGUUACCGCGUUGUAUUAGCACCAGAACAAGUUCAAGCGAAAUUGCAACAAUUUGCUUCACGUUACGACUUAGAUGUUGCUGAUUGUAAAUUAACAUUCUUUGAUUUGGACUCAAGUGAAAAAGAGGAAAGAAGGAGAUUAUUCACCGAGUUAUCCAAUAUUGGUAUAGAGAGUUAUCUAGAUGUGAAAACUGUUUGGCUCAAGAAAGUAUUAGAACACAAUGGGUUGAACGCCAAAACAAUUGAAUCGAUCAUGAAAUUUAGAUAUGGAAAAUCCAAAUAA